GACUUCUGCUCUGGCAUUAUAAAUGCUAGUACUAAAGCCAAGUCUUAUAUUUCAAAUGCUCUUCUGCUUCUAGGGUUUUCCAUUCUCUUCUAUUUCUCCACUCUUCCAGGAGCCCAAUUCAAAAAUGAGUCGACACCCUGAGGUGAAGUGGGCUGAGAGAGAGGACAAGGUAUAUCUUACCGUGCUACUGUCGGAUGCUAAAAAUCCUAAGGUCAAGGUAGACCCGGAUGGCACAUUCACAUUUUCGGCCACUGCUGGGACAGACAACAAUCUCUAUGAGCUCAAGCUAGAUCUUCUUGAUAAAGUAAAUGUAGAGGAGUCCAAAAUAAACAUAGGCGUGCGGAAUAUAUUCUGUGUUUUGGAGAAAGCAGAACAGCAGUGGUGGAAGAAAUUACUGCGCGGAAAUGCAAAGGCACCACAUUAUGUGAAAGUAGACUGGGAUAAAUGGGUGGAUGAAGAUGAUGAUACUGGAGGAGGACCUGGUGACCUUGAUUUGGGUGGAAUGGAUUUCUCCAAAUUUGGUGACAUGGGUGGCCUUGGAGAUGAUGCUAUGGGGGAUGAUUUUGAGGAUAGCGAUGAUGAAGAGGUCAAGAAGCCAGAAGAGAAGGGUGGUGAUGGUAAGCCACAGGGAGAUGCUGCCGAGGGCAAAGCAGAACCAUCGUCAAGUUCGUGAGCAUGAGUAGUUCAGUGGGUUAUGCUAUUGGCUGGAGGUUCCUACUUCAGCAAUUAUUUAGGAAAGCAUGCUUUCUUUGAAGAACGAAACAUUGUUAUUUGUACUCUAUGGAGAAAAAUAUUUCUUUCCAAUUUCUGGUGUAAUUUUAGUUAAGUUAGAGUAUGAGAUUUCGAAAUGGACGGCAUUAUCAGCAUAUUUUCAAGUACUCGGUACCCCUUUAUUUCCA